GGAAAUCAUUAGCAAUGCAAAGUCAUGGUACUAUGACACUCUUGUUCACAGUAACGGAUUGACAAAAAACAAAAAUCUGCUAAUGUCAACGUAAAUGCAGCUGGAUGUGCUUUAUUCCAAAAUACAACUGAAGACCCGGAACUAAAGAUGAACUGGGCAUCGUUUUAUGCUGUCAUCAGCGGGGUGAACAGACACUCCACAGGCAUCGGUCGCAUCUGGCUCUCUGUCCUCUUCAUUUUCCGCAUCCUGGUCCUGGUGGUGGCGGCGGAGAGCGUAUGGGGCGACGAGAAGUCGGGCUUCACCUGCAACACCCAGCAGCCGGGCUGCAACAGCGUCUGCUACGACCACUUCUUCCCCAUCUCCCACAUCCGCCUCUGGGCGCUGCAGCUCAUCCUGGUCUCUACCCCUGCCUUGUUGGUGGCCAUGCACGUGGCCCACCGCCGCCACGUGGACAAGAGGAUCUACAAACUGUCAGGGCGAUCCAACCCCAAAGACCUGGAGAUGAUAAAGACCCAGAAGAUGAAAAUCUCAGGGGCUCUCUGGUGGACGUACGUCAUCAGCCUGUUUUUCCGCAUCGGCUUUGAGGUCACCUUUAUGUAUUUGUUUUACAUGAUCUACCCUGGGUACAAGAUGAUCCGGCUGGUGAAGUGUGACUCGUACCCCUGUCCCAACACGGUGGACUGCUUCGUGUCGAGGCCCACCGAGAAAACUGUGUUCACCGUGUUCAUGCUGGCUGUGUCGGGGGUUUGUAUUAUACUCAACAUCGCAGAGGUGCUGUUUCUGGUGGGGAAGGCCUACGGCAAGCAUUUGCACACUGCUGGAGAAUCGACUGUGGGGGCUUGGAUCCAACAGAAACUCUGCUCGUAACACAGAUUUCAUACCCGUCCAAAGGGAUUACACUGAAAAAACUGAAACGUUGACUUUAGUUAAAUGUUUUAUGUCAACAGAUUACACAUAACUGUAUUAAGUUAGUUGAAAGCAAUACUAUCAAAUUAAACUUGUUUUUAUUGCAUUCAACUAACCUAAAACAGUUACAAUACAAUACAUUUAAUUAAAGUCAAUGUUUCAGUGUUUUCAGUCUAGAUCCAAGUGACAGCCAUUAAUUCAACUUGAGUAAGGUGUAUAUAAUAAACUGUACAUCGCUGUUUCACAUGCAAGUGAUUUAUCCAACGGUUUGGUAUCUCAGAGACAAGGCAUUCAACGACAAAGCGGGGAAGAAGUGGGGAAGAAUAUUCUCAAAUGUCCUCACCAGAUUUAAGAAUAUAUUUCAUAUAAUUCCCAAAGGAACUAGUUAGUAUUCUGUCAACAUUUUCUGCCAUGAACCUAAAGACUGCACACCACAGCACGUUACUGUAAUGAUGUAACAUAAUGGCUUGAGGUCAAACUGAAAAAACUGAAAUGUUGAGUUGAAUUAAAUGUAUUAUGUCAACAAAUUGCACAUAAUUGUAUCAGGUUAGGUUAAAUAAAUAAUAUUAAGUUGAACCUAAUAUGUUUUAUUUAAACUUAAUAUCAUUGCAUUCAACUAACCUAAUACAGUUAUGUGUAAUUUAUUGACAUAAUACAUUUAAUUAAAGCCAAUAUUUCAUAUUUUUUUGUCCAAAUAAAGAUACAUUUACUCAUAUCAUAUAUAUAUAGACAGCAUUAGAGGAUUUCUUUUGUAAGGUACUUUAAUGCAUACAUUGGUGGACUUUCAUUUUGAUGAGGACUUUUGGUCUUGAAAUUAUUAAAUUGUGAUACAUGCUUUUGAAAUUAUAACAUUGUCUCUAAAAGUGUGCCGGAUAAAUAUCUUGAUCAUUUAAAUGUACAAUAAUCAGCAUAUAUGAUCACAUUUGUCAUGCUUUUGUCUAAAUCAAAAUAAAUAUUGAUUGAUUGAUUGAAAUCACCGUGGAUAUAAUAUAAUGGACGGUAGGAUUGAUGGAUUUUCUUCAACUGGCAUAAACUAGAUUUAGUACUAAUCCAUGAAAAACAUGUGCAAUGAUUCAGUGUGUGUUUGAUACCGAUGCUUAACUUUGGUGGUUAAAUUGCUUAGAUACAAAAAAGCAAUAACCUACAAUAUAAAAAAAACUUGAAUUGCAAACUCUUUUUCUCUGAAAUGUAAUACUUAUUGCUAAACCGGUUUAAAUGUUUAUUUAUUGUCAAUGCAUUGCAAAAUAAAAUC